AUGGCUCUCCCUUUGCGUCAUACCAGAGCCAGCGUCUCGUGUUGCUCUUCUGGGCAUGUAUCAUUCAUCAAAGAUGUUGCUGCCACUGAACCUCCAAUGCAUCUUCAUCACUUACUCAAAGUUCUUCAAACAAGAGGUGAAACCAUCAUGUCUCCUGGAGCUAAGCAGGGAUUGAUCCCUCUUGCUAUUCCGCUUUCGGAGAAUUCUUCAGGCUCUGUUACUGCGCUUCUGAGAUGGCCUACUGCUCCUCCAGGAAUGGAUAUGCCUGUUGUUGAAGUUUGGAGGAGUGGAGUCCGGCUUAUAGCUAGAAAUGUAGAUGAGUAUAUUCACCGGAUUCUGGUUGAAGAAGAUGCGCAAGAGCUGACAGAACUUUAUCGUGCUUCAGCUGAGGCAGGCGAGAAGCUUUACAGAAAGGGUGCUUUUGCUGAAUCUCAGAUUAAAAAUCUCGAUGUCUACGUCUUAAAAAAGGCAAGGCUUCCAAAAAAAAAACUCAUUACUGAACUUAUAGAUGAAACGCAUUAUGUACACAACAGUGAAGAGUAUUUAGUUGGACUGUUUCCAGAUGUGUUGGAGCGAAAAGUAUUACGGCAUUUCGAAGAAGGAGAUCAUGUUUCAGCUAUGGUGACAGGAGAAUUCUACUCAAAGAAAGACCUAUUUCCGGGAUUCGGACGGCCUUUUGUAUAUUAUGCAAACAUACUGCAGAAAGUGGGACGUAAUUCAGAAGCAAAAGAGGCAGCAAGAGUAGCAUUGAAAUCACCUUGGUGGACUUUAGGAUGUCCUUAUGAGGCAUGGCAACACUUUAAAGACAUUAACCAUGUGAAAAACAUGCAGGAGGUUGCUAGUAUUGCACAAUGGGAAGACGAGCAAAUCGAAUUCAUAAGGGAGAAAGUGAGUGAUGAAGGUCGUCUUGAGGAUUUGAAGAAAGGCAAAGAUCCAAUCCAAGUUGCUUUGGAUGUCGCAGCUUUUCUCUUGGAUUUGGCAUCUAUUGAAGGGACUUGGUCUGAAUCUUUGUACCAAAUUGCUAAAUGUUAUGAAGAGGCUGGAUUGCACGACAUAUCCAACUUCAUUUUGUACACAGAUCCCAAAUGA